GUUCGUGUGUUUGUCUCCGUCCACGGUUGUAGUAAUGAGUUGGCUGCUUGCAUCACCGUGCGCUGGUGACGUGUGGCGUCUGGGAGCUGUCCCAGGAAUCAUGGUGCUGAAGCUGCAGCACCGAUUCAGCAGCCAAUGAUCACAGGAGAAUCCAGGGCUACGGAUGCUUUCACCCAGAGCAGGACAGUCCGACAAUCGUGUUGGAUUAUAACGGAGAUUUGAACCCCCCCAGCUUGUUCCUCAGACAUGGAAAUUCGAUAAUUGGGGAUGUAAGCUUCACGUUGACUUGCCAGCGACCUGCAGUCUGGCUGGGGAUCUAUGAGAAAAAUCCCGAAACUGUGAGUCGUAUAGAAAUCGGGGUAGCUCGCCAGGUAAGACAGAUUUCGCUUCCUAACAUGGCACGCCAUCGAUUGCCUUGAAAGCCGUACAAGACGUCGACAGUAAUCUGAGCUGUGUUGAUGUCUUAUCCGCUGUGUGCUGUUAAAAUGUUUGAAUUGUAAGAGUGAGCGCUGACAUUUUGUUUUGUAGUCUGUAUCAGUCCAUUGUACCAUAGGCAGAUUGGAUUCUUGGGUUUCUGGGCUCGUCGUGAAUCUGGAGGGAGAAGCCUGUCGAGAUAGUUUAUGUUGUACAGAGCAGGCAGACUAUUAAGGCCAUGAAAUGACAGUGGGCACUGAGUGAACGGGCCACAGCCUUAUUACUUGAAUGCAUAUUCCUAUCAAUCUAACAUUUGACUUUCUUCUUUUAGCUGUUCCAUUUAUUGAACUUAAUGGCUUCAGACACUUGUUUGCAUCGAUGGGAUUUAUUUGCCUUUUGGAUUUACAUUCCGGAGGAAAGACGGUAAAAGACCAUCAGUUAUAAUACAUCAACAAAGAAAACCAAAAGGCUGAAUUCAACCAACACUCGCAGAAAAACGCACCCUCUGUUCCUACUUUCCCUCCCCUCCACGUAUGAAGAAGUGUUUGCACAUGCCGGGGAUUUAUACAGUACAUGCUGAUUUCUUCCAGCACAUUUGAAUGGUGCUGUGAGUUUGUGACCGGAGACAGCCUGAUGCUGCGCAGCCAGGGCAUGCUGAAGAGCCGCUGCUGCGUCCUGCUCGGUGACCUGAGGGUGCUCCUGCUCGGGCCACCGGCACCGCCGACACCGCUGCCUCCGCUGACCCCCAUGAGCGGCCAAACCACUGAAAGCCAUGAAACAGGCGUCAUCGUCCCUGACAACAACAACACGUUAACGCGGAGCCACCAGCACGCAGGCGACCCCGCUUCCGCACCUGCCGCGGGAGCCAUCGGGCAACCGGGUGGAGAGCGACCGGUAUCGGGCUGGGUGGAUGCGGCAGAGCUGUCGGCGGCCCUGCGCGGCUGCAGCAGCUCUUCAGAUGACUGCUCAAAGGGCAAACUGGAGGAGAGGUUCUCCCUCACGAGCUACACGGAGAGUGGCUUCAGGACGCCCGUGUGCAGGAUCUGCUUCCAAGGACCAGAACAUGUAAGUCAAGGAAAAACGUCUCCUAAAUAAGGUUUGUAAUGAAGCCCAUGUGAGUUUAAUCUGUUAUCUAAUUACUCUAAUUCUUAAUAUUUAAAGGCAAAAAUGUGAUGAUUUACUUAGAGUAAAUGAAACCUUCUGCCUAUUCCUACUUAAAUCAGCCCAUAAACCAGGUAACUGGAAUGUUGCACAUGCAUGUUCAGGAACCAGCUCUCAUUUGUGCAGCCUCUGCUCUGGUUCAUACUCUCUGUUACAUACUCUAGUCAAGCUUUUUGAAGAAAUCUAGAGUGGCCACACUGCUGGCAAGCCCUUUUAGCAGGAAUCCUCUACAUCCUACCGUCAGUCCCUUGCAUGGCUUAAAAAGACAGCUAUAGCUGGCAGUGGGAGGAUAAUGAAAGACCUUAUCCCCAUGGUUGACAAGUGUGGAGGAUACACCGAGAUGCAGCAUCAACUCAUUAUAGUCAAACACUGUGAACUCAUAUUGACGCAUUACAUGCGAGAGAAAAUAAAAAAUCAAAUAAUACCUCUCACUUUGACGUUCACACUCACCACCAGGAAACAGAAGAAAAAGUAAUAAUGAUAAUGUGCACAGAACAGAAGGGAAGAGGCACAAAGUAAAUCGCACAGCGUGCCUCCAUCUUUUGGACCAUAUCAGUGAUAAUGUCACACUACAUCAAUCUGGAGUGGGAAAUCUGAAAGAAUCUGGCUAAGGUGUGCAGCAAUAAAUAAUAAUAGAUUAUAACAGAGAGGCUGGCACUCUGCAAUUUGCCGACACAUUAGUUCCACUGUUUGACUGAGCCUUUGAAACCACAUUGACAAAUAUGCCACACCUUACCAAUUAGUAAUGGAGUUAAGCUUGUUGGAAAAAUGUGAAGCAUGAUAAGUCAGGAGUAGAACAUAACUUUUGAUCCUGCUGUCCAUACUCACGGUUGCUUUUUCUUUACCUAAGCAGCAGAUUUACUGUAUCAUUUCACGGCCAUUGCACUGUGUACCGCCUGCAAUCUCUCUAUGUUUCAUCAACUAAUUACUCCAAGAGCAAUUCUGUGCAUCAUUCCACCUCUGAGCCCAGGCCUUGUAAUUAUUACUGACAUGGGGUCUACUUAGGAGAUUGAAAACAAGGCUUCAUCCUCAUUUCUUUUUUCCCCCAAAACUCCAAAGAUAGUCGGCACAUCGCGGCGCAUACAAAGUACUGCCUCCAAAAUUUGCAGCAGGCUAUUUCCCAUGGCCUCCCCCAGCUCGCCUCAUCGAUGCCUCCUUGAGACAUUGCAGCUAGUCAAUAGCACUUGAUUUGGUGCCGUCUUAUCAUUAUUCAAGUUCUUGUCUAUCAGCAUUCUUUCUUUUCCUGUCAUCACUGCUGUUGGCUUGGGUGAAGUCCAGGUAUGGAUCUGCUGAGGUGUAAAUGGGUACAAGGAGAAUGAGGCUCCAUUUAAAAAGAGAGAUGAGUGGACUGCCUGUGUGUCACCGUGUGAUACAGGCAGUGGGGACAUUAGUUAUCCUCUGUUCUGCCUUAACGUCCAGGAUGUCACAUAGACCAAGGCAGCCAGUAUCUGAUUUGACAAUCCACCUCCAAAACACUUCCUUCUCCAAGGCUGAGAUACUCAAGUUAGAGUAAAGACGGGAGCCGGGGCAUUGCUUUCCUUGAGCAUCCCACUAGAAAAGGGCCUUGAGUCUCUGACAGAGGCAAACGCUGAAAAGGGAAUGUGCUCUGAUGAUUUAAUAUGACAUCAAGCAAUGUAAUAACUUUGUGUAAUCGAGUUCUUGUUGGUGUUUUUGUUGCCCUAUUCUUUGAGGUAACUCACAGCCCAAGGCUUUUUGAUUUUUUUUUAGGAUGGAUAACACAGUUUUAACACAAGGAAUUUCAGAGUAAACUGCUGUAACUUUAUAACAAAUCCAUUUAAAUCCUAAAGACCCAUUUGUUUUAUGCAACAAUGGGAUAUUUCCAAGGUCUGUACAUUAAUGAAAAUUACACAAAACCCAACAAUUAUCAAUGAAUAUAUGCGUUUUGUACAAGGAUGGGGUUGAAAAACAGUCAAACUGACUUAGGAUGCAGACUACCCCUGUCAGAGUGAACAUGUUAUAUCCCCAAACACACACCUUGUCAAGUAUCAUGAUCAGCUGAGCUAAUGUUGCAUGAAAUGACACAAAGCAAUGUGUCUUUCAGAGCGGUGCCCCUGUUGUUCAUGUUUUUUUCACAGACAGUUUACUGAAGACAUAUUUCAACCCAUUAUCAUUUGCAUUUAAGGUCAGCCAGAAGCUUCACAAUCACAGAGGCUUUUUUUUUCUUCAAGCUUGUUUUGCUGUGCUUUCAGACUUGAACAUGACCUUGUCCCUGGAAGAACAAGAGAUUUCUUUGUUUCUCUUUACAGACUUUCAGGAAAUAAUCAAGUAGUACACUUAUAAAGCUUACAAAAAGACAAAUUUAAAAGAAAUUUACAAAGAAAAGUCAUGAAACAUUUCAGUGCAUGUGGCAUCCUCUCCUGAAGUGUCAUGCACUAUUACAUCCAAGGACCCUUUAGGGCUGAUGCUUCUAGUGUCCCAUCCUCACUUCAGCAGCAUGUUGAGAAUAUGCGAGUCCCUGCUGCUUAGAAAAAAUGUUGGCUUUUGCCCCUAAAUCACAACACACAUAAAGCACUCCCACAGUGUGUUUGUCUGAGGCACAAUGAGAAGCCUUGAGGGGUCAAGUUAGCAUCAUUCUUUCUAUACGGCUUCGCUGUGCGGAGGCACUUUGCUCUCCUUAUCUAUCAUUGGACGGCUCCUCUGCCAUUUGUUAGGAAUGGAUUAUAAACAAGUUACGUAAGCAUAAAUUUUUUUUCAGUCUGGCUCUUUUUUAUGAGCUGUUAAUUCAUAAAUUUAGAUUAUAAACUCUGGCAGCUCCUCAAUUCAAUUGCUUUGAGAGAGCCUUUAACUUUCCUUCUAAGCCUAAUGGCUCCUGUAAAAUAGCAAUAAGUAUAACGCUCCCAGCACGGGUUUUAUGAACGGCUGUUAAAGGUAAAUCAAUCUGAAAUGAUGUGACUGUAAUCUUCCUCGAUUGUCCCUCUUUCACCUCGAACUUGUUGAGUAUGGUUAAAAUGUGUUUUGUUGGAUGUCUGUAGUGUAGCUCGUUCUCAUAAGAGAAAUGCUUGUGGCUUGAAUGUCACCGGCUAUUAUCAAAAUUGCUUCAUUCAGUUUCUUGUGGAGCUGGUUUGUUUAAACACAAUUUCCCUUCGCCUUAAGUUAAUGAAGUUCACUUUCAUUGAUUCCAGAUCCUUAAUAAAUGUGAAUAGCAAUCUCUAAUUUAGUCUCAUGUCAUUAUGUAGGUUGGGAGUUGAUCCAAUUUCAUAUGGAGGAAAUUAGGUGCACUGGGGUGUUUGAGGGAAAAUACAGCACAAAGAAAUGGAGUAUCUCAGCCAAGUUUUCACAGUCUUUUUUUAAGACAUUGUUCUAAUGUGUUAUUUUUUUCAAUGAUAUUUGCUGUUUGAUCAACAAAAGGACAUUUAGUUAUCACUUUCUGUUUGCGUGGGCUGUAAUGCCACAUUUGUUAUCAGCCUCGCUUACUCUCUAUACAGCCUCAGUUGUACUGGACUGAUCUAGGUUUCAGCUCUUGGCUGCAAUCAGGCCAGUCACAGUGAGCGGUCUGAGUCCCACUGGACACGGCAGAAGUGUUCUAGUGCUCCUGCCAAUACACUCCCACCCUGACCAUCUGUAGAUGGGCCUUUUCUCCUCCAGAUCCCUGCUUUUUCCCUCCUUUCUCCUCGACCAGGGCACUGCUCUGUCUGUCAGAGAUGUCAGCACAGUAAUCGUGUGGACAAAUCAUUUGGAAACUCACUGCAAUUUGCAUUUCUUCCUACAACUUCUAAGCUGUGUUCAGGGCAGAUAGGGACACGGGUUAUAUUCAAUUUUGAAUUAACAAUACUGUGGCUUAGAGAGUGAAUGCCUCAGCUUAGAGGAAAAGCUCUCUUGCAGCAGAAGAGGUUGGCUAAUUUAUUUUUCAUUCACUACAGGGCUUUUGUUCAGUCUCAUUAAGAUUAAAGGGUAUGUACAAGAAGGUCCUGCUUUGAAUUUUAUAGAUCCAGGUUUCUUUAACUGCAGGUCAGGACCUUAAAAGAGAGCUGGACUCCAUCUUUUGGGUCAUCAUAUCGGAUAUGACAUGAGUAGUAAUAUAUUUUAAUGAGUUUGGGGCCCAGGGUGAGAGCUUAUAAAUCUCAUUUGUUCCUCAGGCUGAAUAGGGCUUAAGAAUACUUGCUGGUUAAGGAUAUGACUGAGCACAUGCUGCUGUUAAGUGAAAAGCCUGUGUUGCCAAAUUUAAUGAAUAUCUCGAUUCAUUUUUCGUUGAUGGCUCUGUUGAGUGUAAAAACCUUGGAAGAAAUGUGUCACACAGCUGAAGUCCUCUUCCCUCUGCUCUGAUAUUCUCCCGACAGGCGGUGUCAAAAGUGUUUCCAAGUGGAUAGUAUUAGGUUUUCUUCUAGUCGUUGACACCUCUUUGGACAUUUCUGGUAACAAACCCAGCAGUUAUUAAGCCACGGCUGUAACACUGUCUUCACUCCUCACUCUGACAAGUGAUGCUAAAAUUGUCACAUUGGUUUAGCUCUCGAUUUUAGUCUUUGCUUUAAAAAUACUUCAUUUGAUUGAAAAAUCUAUUACUUCCUCAGGGUCACAAAUUCAAACCUUUUUUUACCCAUUAUUGGGGACAAACCGAGGUCUGCGCAAACAUUUGGUUCUUCUAAAUUUGUCUAAGAUUGAAGAUUCCUUAUCCAUAUUUUUUACUGCAUAGCAACUGCAAUGUAGUUUCUAUUAAAUCCUUGUCACUAUAUUUAUAUUAAGCCUUUCUGUAGAGCUAAGAGCCUCUUAUCUUAAUGUCUGUAAAUCAUUUUAAAGCACAUAUUGUUGAAGGUAAAACACCAGUAGACUUGAAAUGUCUAUAAAGAUCAGCUGCAAGUAGAGAAGGAAUCCAGGGUGGGUAGAAAGGUGGGAGAGAGUGACUAAAAGGGAGAAAUGAUGGGUUUCUUUUGAAGUUGCAUGUAUUUGGAGCUAUAAAAGAAUAUACUUGUAUAUGUGACAGCCAGAUUCCCUGUAGCUGCUGCAGUAGCAGUGUACCUUCAGCGUGGUAUUUUUCAGCUUUGUUGGGGUUCGCUCUCUGACAGAAGCUUCAGUGACUAAUCCUCCCCCUUUCAAAGCUACUGGUAAUCAAGCAUUGUGCCUGUCAACUAGGUGUGAGGCAAAGCUCUCAUUUCACACCUGAACUGGUGCUCUGCUAUUACAUGACUGUGCAGAGCUGUGUACCCCAUGUGUGCAUGUGUGUUCGCUGAGCUGACUGUGCAUGCAACGAAAUUUUCAGAAAAUCAAUAAGCAAGCACAAAGAACUGCUAAGGAAUAUAAAUGUAUGUAUAGUGAAACCUGGAGUGUAUAGCUAAAGAAAAAAAAAGGUUAUAAAGCAAGAGGUUGUCAGCCGGUCGAUGAUGGCCAUAGGGAAAUAUGUUUUAUUCUCUGAAUCACAAAUCACUACAAAGUCUGCUCUGAAGCGUGAGUCAAGUCAGAGCAAAACCUUUUUCUUUGAAACACUGUAGUGCCAGAGAGGCUCAUGUUUCACCAGCAGUAGAAAAUAUGAUGAACCAGAGCUGUGAUGACUGUCAAAUUGAAAAACAUGUAUUAAUGCUUCUGAAUUCACUGGAAUGAUCACGUCCUGUUUUUGCCUUUGUCCUACAGGGGGAGCUCUUGAGCCCCUGUCGGUGCAGUGGGUCAGUAAGGUGCACCCAUCAGCCCUGCCUCAUCAAGUGGAUCAGUGAGAGAGGAUCCUGGGCCUGUGAGCUCUGCUACUACAAGUAUCAGGUCAUUGCCAUCAGCACCAAGAACCCACUACAGGUAAAAAGGCUGUAUGGAACAAGGAGAUCAUAAUGAGUUCACAAUAUGAUGAGAAGCUAAAAAUAAAGAUCCCAAAAUAUCUGUGUUGCCAGAUUUGUUGGGGUUUGUUAGCAAACAAGAAGAUAGCCCAAGGCUCUCUCCCGCUGGGGCUCACUCAGAAGCAGUUUUGGUUUUUGAAUCAAAUUUUAUGAAGCACAAAACACCAUUUUCAGGAACUACACUGUUUCACCGCGGCUCUGGUGGUGCUCUGAUCACAAAGCAAGAAAUCCAGCUUAAAAGGACUGAUGUUCUUGAAUUAAACACGGCUUUAGCUUUCUGAUCUCCAGAACAGAAACAUCUUUUCUCUCAGUUUUAGACCUUGAUGAUAUGAACAGGUCCUUUGUGGUUGCACAUGGAUUUUUUAGGUAUUAUUAUUAUCACUCGGGCAGCACUGCUGUGUGAAAUCCUGCAGAUACUGUCUAAUAUACUGAGAGUCAGCUGUGGUAUUCCCUUAUGAGAACGAGUCUCAAUUUGCAGAUGUUUAGCAAAAUACCAAAUAUAAGUGAUUUAAAUGUUUAGUGUUUGCUGUUUUUAUUUCAGCACUCGAUCGAAUUAAACAGUUUGAGAAUAUGAUUAUCAGCCUCAUUAAUCUGAAAUACAGAUGUUUGAAUGACUGUUUUGUUUUUUAACCCAGUGACCUUUAUUUCUCUUGGUCUCAUUCUUGUCCCACAAAGGUUUUUCAAAGCACAAAACACUAACUUGUUGUGUGGUCUGUGUCUCACUUCAGUGGCAGGCCAUCUCCCUGACAGUGAUCGAGAAAGUGCAAAUAGCAGCAGCAAUCCUGGGCUCCCUGUUCCUCAUGGCGAGCAUCUCCUGGUUGGUGUGGUCGUCCUUCAGCCCGUCAGCUCGCUGGCAGAGACAAGACCUGCUCUUUCAGAUCUGCUACGGCAUGUAUGGCUUCAUGGAUGUCGUCUGCAUCGGUGAGGGGCCGUGUUUCACAUAACUUUAGUACAUUUUCAUUUGAUGAUUUGAUGUGAAACUCUUUUGCAAUGAGUGUGGGCAUUUAAAAACAACGAAUAAUAAUGAGUGUAUCUGUUCUGGUUACAUUAUUCUCAGUUCAUUAUGCAUUCAAUGAGCAAAACAAACAAAAUGCCAAAGGUGUUGAGUAGAAUCAAUAAUUAUGCCCACUGGCUGAGCACAAAUGAUUGUGAAUGGCCUGAACUAUUGACAAUCAAUACCACAAAUCUAUACAAACUAAUUCCUACUUACACCCAAUGUGUGGAGUCCUGUCACAUCACCCUGGCUUAUCAUUUGAAUCACACACAACACUUCUCUUUGUAAAAUCCACUUUGUAACAGUCGCUAUUUUAAAGAUGAUGAAAUGCUCGCAGCUUACUUUAUCAAUAAAACAUGAAUUCUGCUUUUGCAGCAGCUGAAGUGGUCUCCAUAGCAUACAUUAAAGAGUGUUUCUCUCUAUGAUAAAAGCUGCAGCAAAAUUCAUGAGCACUUUGAAGACCACGAUGCACUGACAUAACACAAGAGGGGGAAAAGGUGCAGGAACCAUCUUUCGGAUUUGCGUGGGUGUCAACGGUGAAACUUGUGGAAUCGGCUUUAGCCUGCUGUCCUCCUCUUCAGCCUGGGGGGGCCACAUGUUUGGAGAGACAGCGUGAUGGCAUCUCACACUAGGAAAAAGUCUAACUGCCACAGCAGCAGACGGGAGGAUGAGAGGAAGAGCUGAUUGAUUGUCUCCGGUUUGGUGGCGGGGACUGACUGCCGAGUCAUUAACUCUGCACUCUACAGAGAUUAACUUGUCACCUGGCAGACGUUAAAGAGCAAAGCCUUGAAUUUUUUUCUCAUGUGCAAAUUCUGAGUGGGAGAGAAACAGAGCUGAAGAGGAGGGUCUGGGUUUUGUCAAUGAAUUCUGUAAAUGUAGAGGGUGGUGAGAAUUAUUCAAUCCCCAUAUUUAGCAGUCAGCUUCUACAGGAGUUUUUGCAGUAAUUCAGUUUUAUGUUACCCAUUAGAGUAAAGGAGAAUUUAGUACCACAACUGCAAUAAAGGAUGUUACCACUUGAAGAAUACAAAGGCUAUAUACUGCCCUGCAUACUUGCUGUGGCAGCAAUGUCAGAGAGUGAAUAUCUGUUACAACAGAGGAGAAUAGAUUAAGACAGCCUCCCAUUUAUAACGUACGUCCCUCUACAUUAAAAAGCAGCAGGAUGUUGGGGUCGGGGCAUUCGCUGUUACGGAUUGAUUUCAAUUUUCAAGACACUAAGUUCAAUGAACCUAAAUCAAUAAGCAAUUUUAAACUGAGAUAAGAUGGUAUUGAACAACCUCAGACACCGCAUCAUAAUUCUUGCUAACCUGCACCAAAAGUGUGGACUUUUGCUGUGUCAUAAGUUGUUCCACAUCUAUAAUUAUAUAAGAAACAAAGAUCUUAUCUGCAGGUUAUGGUGCUGAACUUUAAAGAUGAGGUGUUUUGUUCUGCCGCUUCCCAAACUGAAACCUCCUGCAGGCGUUGACACAAUGAAUCUACCACUGCAGAGAUAUAAAUCACUUUGUUGUGUCAUAAAGUCCGCUGCCAGACACUGACAUUGUCUAAUUGAUGCUCUGAUCUUCACAGCACUAAUCGUCCACGAGGGACCGUCUGUGUUUCGAAUCUUCCACCGCUGGCAGGCCGUGAACCAGCAGUGGAAAGUCCUGAACUAUGAUAAGUCGAUGGACAGCGAUGACCUGAAGAACAUUGCGGUGGACAGAACUCUGUCUCAGCCCAGCCCGGGCUUUCAGACUGGCUUAGGAAUGUCCACCUCCACUUCCUCACUGAUGGUGGUAGCCUCAACAGCCGCUGGCUCCACUUCUACAACCGUGGUGACGGCUGUACCAGGGGGACUGGGAACACAUGUGGACCCAAACAGCGGAAGCACAGUGCCAGACCAACACUGUCCUUACAACAUCCUCCACCUCCUCAGCCACCUGAGGCAGCCGGAGGCCCGCAGCCAACCCAGCAAUAGCACACGAGAGCUGGUCAUGAGAGUCACAACAGUCUGAGGAGUCAGACGAGGCCUUAUCUCACACCGAGGUGGAAGAUUUAUGAACCAGCCAACAUUGAAAAAAAAAAAAGUCUUAUCUUGACCGCACCAGAUUAAUACCAUGUUGUUGUUUGUUUCAAAAUGCAUCUUUGAUGUCCUUACAUGGAUUGAAUAAAAGUCAAGGGUGUUUGAUUUGCAGAUUGGUCGGAAACUGUUCUGUCUGGUAUUAAAGGUAAAAAAUAUUUGCUACCAUGUCCAGUUAUGUUCAUCCUUAACCUUUAAAAGGAAAUCAAGGCCAAAGGUCCCCCUUCCUUUGAGAGCUUUCAGCAUCGUCUCAGGUGCCAACAACUGCCAGCUUUAUCCAAUUACUGAGCCAUGAGAUUCAGUCGAAAAGAGGAUUAUUAAGAUGAAUUUCUCUUUUUUCUGUAAACCACUAAAAUUACUAACAGGACAUCUGUCUGUGUUACAUAACAAUGACACAAAAAUAACUAUAGAAAUCCUCGAUGUUCUAUUUUUAUCACAGAAAACCAAGAUUUUAAAAUCAGUAUCUGAACCCACAUUUGCAUCUAAGCAGAAGUGUUUUUUCGACCAUUAUGGGAUGGAUUUAGCAUUAUUCUGUAUGUCUGUAAUUCUCAAUGUAAGCACAAGACAACAAGAAAACUACUUUGCGCCUUUCUACAGGGUGUGUUUUCUGGUCGUGAUCUGCCCAAAUACAGUGAUUAACAUGCUAAAAAUGUUCAUAUGAUUCAGUGAUUACUGAAAGUUAACCAUGUUGGUCACAGUGAAGCAUUGAUAAAGGUGCAGCAGUCUUCACCUGGUGAAUAUUGUGGGGUUAGAUCCUUCAAUGUAAAACUUGACAAACUCUCCAUUUGUGUAUGAAAAAGUUCACAGAGCUCUUUGUCCUUCUCAUACAAACUGAAUUAAUCCAUCGUCCCUCUGGUGCAGAGAGAUGCCAGCAUUAGAUUUGUCUCAUAAAGUCGUUGCAGCAAAGGUGUCACAUCAGAGAGAAUAUUACAGUAGGUCUGAUGCUGAUUAAAUCUUUGAGUGAAUGUAAAUGUCAGGGAAGAUAUGGAGCAGUAAACAAGUUUAAUGUACUGCUUUAAUGAGCACUUUUUCCCCUAAUCAGACUCUAUUCUUUGGAUUUUCUUGAUUGUUGGUUUUGCUCUUUUUGGAGUAUUAACAAAGUCGAUGUGCAUCUAUACAUUUUACAUUUACUCUGCUUUCCUGUGAUAAUAAGUUAAUUUUGUAGAGCUCUUGUCUUAAUAUCAGAUGAUAACUUGUAUCCCUAACACAUGAAACAAUCAUAAAGACUGGUUUUACUCACUUUGCGUAUUUGGCUAAUAGCAGCGUGGCAUGUCAUGGUCUGGCUUGUAGAAUCCUCUUAUCAUGAAAAUAAAGGUGUAAUUAGACAUAA